UAAAUAUAAGCAACUAAAUGGAGCGGUGGGAGUAUUUUUUCCGAUCAGAGGCGUGGCGACGGCGACGGAGGCUCCUCUUCUCCCUUUCUCUUCGGCUCCAUCGGUGGUGAAAAUGUCCAUCUCCAACGGCCUCCACCCCCACCGAGAUGACGCCACCGACGACGAAGACGACGGCGACUACGGAUCUGCCGCCCACGACGCCUACUACCACCCGAUCUCCGCCUUCGAUGACGGCUUCGAUCCCAACUCUAACUCCGACGUCGCCUCCGGAGGGAUCGUUGAAGCCGCCUCCCCGAUCCGAUCCAACGGCGGCGCCUUGUUCCACCUUCGGAACCCUGACCCUAGUUUCUUCUUUCUCGACGCCGAGAGUGGUAUAUCGGCUCUGGAUCUGAACGGAGGUGGCGAUGGCGUUGUCGCUUCUAGCGGAGGCUUGGUGGAAGAGGUGGAGGAUGAAGAAGCCGAGGAGGAGAGCGUGAGGCAGCGGGAAGUGUCGAUCUCGAGGGCGUUCAGGGAGGACGAGAGGCGAAGGUCCGCACCGUUGACGCCGGAGAACGCCGCGAGGGUCCUCGAUGCGAUGAGGGGAGUCGCGUUCCAAGGUGUCCCUCCGGAUUGGGCGGAACGAGUGCCCGAAGACCAGUGGGUGGCUCGGCUUAGGCGUAUGAGAGGGCAUGGGUCUAAAGGGAGUAGUGGACUAUAUACAUGGACCUCGAGGAAGUCAUGAUCGAUGAAGAUUCACGUUGGGUGAUACAAUGGAAAUAAUGUAGUAGUAUAUUCUGAAAAUUUGUAGUUCUUACUUUUGGUCAAAAUUGAAGUUUUUUUUUUGGA